CACGGUCCCGCAUGCGAACUACAGUAGGUCUGUAUAGAAGAAAGUUGGAGCUCGAUCAGACUAGAACAGUUGUAAUAUAGUAAGAAGAAACGACGUACAGUCGUAGGAGAGUGUUGCAACAACCUCAGAUAUUAGCGUUGCAUUACAGUUGAGGGGUUUGCCAAGGGGAAGUACAAACAGACAGAGGUGACUGUACAGGGGUGGGACAGGCAAACUUUCGACAGGACUUCGCCUAGUUUGUGGCGAAUAUUUGAAAGAGGCAGCAUCGAUUUUUCUCCCUCUUCGAAUUAAGACCGUUGUAUAUUGACCAUCAUGUUCAGCUGGUCUAAGAAAGAAGGGAAGAAAGACCCAGAACUUUUCCAAAACGUGUCGGACGGACUGAAGCGCCUCUACCGCACCAAACUCUUCCCUUUGGAGGACACUUAUCAUUUCCACGACUUCCAUUCACCGGCUUUAGAGGAUGCCGACUUUGACAACAAGCCCAUGGUGCUACUGGUGGGACAGUACUCCACCGGGAAGACCACCUUUAUCCGGCAUUUAAUGGAGCAGGACUUUCCCGGUAUGAGAAUAGGCCCCGAGCCGACGACGGAUUCCUUCAUAGCGGUAAUGCACGGCGAUCAGGAGAGCGUGAUACCCGGCAAUGCUCUGGUUGUUGACCCGAAGAAACCUUUCAGAAAACUCAACGCUUUUGGCAACGCUUUCCUCAAUAGGUUUAUGUGUGCUCAGUUAAACAACCCUGUCCUGGAGAGCAUCAGUAUCAUCGAUACUCCAGGCAUCUUGUCUGGGGAGAAACAGAGGAUCAGCAGAGGCUAUGACUUUGCAGCAGUUCUUGAGUGGUUUGCUGAACGAGUGGACAGAAUCAUACUCCUCUUCGAUGCCCACAAGCUGGACAUUUCUGAUGAGUUUUCAGAGGUGAUCAGGGCCCUGAAAAACCAUGAAGACAAGAUGCGUGUGGUUCUGAACAAAGCUGACCAGAUCAGCAUCCAGCAGCUGAUGAGGGUGUAUGGUGCCCUCAUGUGGUCACUUGGGAAAAUCAUAAACACCCCUGAGGUGGUGAGGGUGUAUAUCGGCUCAUUUUGGGCACAGCCACUCCUGAUCGCAGAUAACAGGAAGCUGUUUGAGGCAGAGGAGCAGGAUCUCUUCAGUGACAUUCAAAGUCUUCCACAGAAUGCAGCGCUAAGGAAGCUGAAUGAUCUGAUCAAAAGAGCACGCCUCGCUAAGGUACAUGCUUACAUCAUCAGUUCUCUGAAGAAAGAGAUGCCAAGUGUGUUUGGGAAGGACUCGAAGAAGAAAGAGCUUAUCAACAACCUGGGCGCUAUAUACGAAAAGAUUCAGAAAGAACACAACAUCUCACCUGGAGACUUUCCUAAUCUAAAGAAAAUGCAGGAGUUGCUUGCUGCUCAGGACUUCACAAAGUUUCCCGCAAUGAAGCCAAAAUUGCUUGAGUCUGUGGAAGACAUGCUGGGCAACGACAUCGCUAAGCUCAUGACACUGGUGCGGAAGGAGGAGGCCGCCAUGCCGAGCCAGACGGUGAAGGGUGGUGCUUUUGAGGGAACCAUGAACGGGCCGUUUGGUCAUGGAUAUGGGGAAGGUGCUGGCGAGGGCAUCGAUGAGCUGGAAUGGAUCGUGGGCCGUGAUAAACCAUCCUAUGAUGAAAUCUUCUACACCCUCUCUCCUAUUAAUGGGAAGAUAUCAGGUGCCACAGCCAAGAAGGAGUUGGUAAAGUCCAAGCUACCAAACACAGUGCUCGGAAAGAUCUGGAGCCUGGCAGAUGUGGACAAAGAUGGUUAUCUGGAUGAUGAAGAGUUUGCACUUGCCAAUCACCUGAUCAAGGUGAAGCUGGAGGGGCACGAGCUUCCAGCCAAACUGCCCGCUCACCUUGUUCCACCUUCCAAACGACAAGAGCAGCUUUGAGGAGCGGGCUUGAGUUCAUUGAAUCUCUAACAGUGGCUCACAGCUAAGUUCCAAAGCCAUAUAUGAACAAUUUUAACUCAUUUUGACCAUUCAGUUGACUAGCUAGUCAUCAAAAACUUGAUUCUGUCCUUAAUUUGAAUAAAAUACGUUUUUAUUCAGGGUUCGGAUGGUAUUAAUCAAGGGACUGAGAGGAAAAA